CUUUGUUAGUUCUUGUUUUCUUUACAAAGUGUUACAAAACACAAAACUUAUAAGUGUUUUGUAGUCAUAGUUCACAACACUUCUCUUCUACUACUCUUUGUUUUCUCUUGUCUCAUACACUAUUAUAUAGUGGUUUCUCAACACGUUAUCAGCACGAUCAACUCUCGAUCCGUCAUCCGUUUGAGUAAUCAUGUCAAACUUGGCAAAGCGUGAAUUCGCCGCCCUUGAUAUCUCUGGAAAAAAUUAUAUGACAUGGGCAUUAGAUGUAAAAUUCUAUCUGAAAGGGAAUGGGCUUCUCAAAACCAUCGAUCCGUCAGAAACGGGGUUAGAAGAGGAAAAAGCAAGAACCAUGAUGUUCUUGCGUCAUCAUCUCCACGAUGAUUUAAAAAAUGAAUACAUCACGAGAGAAAAUCCUGCAGAUCUUUGGAUCGCGCUCAAGGAUAGGUUUGAUCACCAAAAGUAUGUGAUCUUACCAAAAGCCAAACAUGAAUGGCUAAACCUGAGGUUUCAGGAUUACAAAAGUGUAAGUGAGUACAAUUCCGCUUUGUUCGGAAUCACUUCAAGGAUGGCUCUCUGCGGAGAAGAAGUUUCCGAUUAUGAUAUGAUCGAGAAAACAUUCCAAACUUUCCAUCCUUCAAAUGUACUCCUACAGCAACAAUAUCGAGAAAGAGGGUAUACUCGAUAUUCUGAAUUAAUGCAAGUUUUGCAUGUUGCUGAACAAAAUAAUGAGCUCGUGAUGAUAAAUCAUCAAACCCGUCCAACUGGAUCAGCUCCACUUUCAGAAGUGAAUGUUGCUACAUCCAGCUAUAAUAAUUGGCAAGGACGAGGACGUGGACGCGGACGCGGUCGAGGCCGUGGUCAUGGUCGUGGAGGAGGUCGUGGAGAAGGUCGUGGACGAGGAAGAGGAAGAGGUUUCUCUCCUAAUGACUUCAACGCAAGAAAAACCAACAAGCAUCUUCAAAUUAAUAAUGUUGGUCGCGUUAUAAAGAAACAAGAUGAAAGUACUUGUUACAGAUGCGGCAUGAAAGGACAUUGGUACCAGACCUGUCGUAUUCCAAAACAUUUGGCCGAUCUGUAUCAAGCAUCUCAACAGGCAAAAGAAAGGAAUGUAGAGACCAACCUCAUCUCUGAUGAAGCUGGACCUUCUUACCAUGGCCUAAACAAUGAACCCCAUCUUGUUAUAGCAGAUUUUCUCAUUGAUAAUGAAAACGGAAAAUCAUGCGAAUAAGGCCUAUAUGCCAUGAUAUGCUUUGUCAUAGUUUGAUAUGUACUUUAUGUUUAUAAAAUGUUUUUUGGAUAAUAGUUUUAUUGUAAUAUAUGAUAAG